AUGAAGUCUGAGGAAACUGUUACCGGAGCAAUGACGAAUACGGCGGCAGAGGCUCCGUACGACGAAGCUCAGACGUGGGUUUGUUGGGACAUAGAGAAAUGCCCUGUUCCCAGAGGCUGCAGAGCCGAUAAGAUCGCCGGGAAAAUAAAAUCGGCGCUGGUUAAAUUGAACUACCUCGGUCCGAUUUCCAUCUCCGCAUAUGGAAACAUGGAUCACAUCGCUCCUUCCAUCAAGAAAGCUCUCUCUUCCUCCGGAAUCGUUCUUAACCACGUCCACCCAGGUGAUUUUCGGUUACAUGUGUUCCACAAGAUCAUGUUUUGGCCGUUUAACAAUCCAGCUCCGGCGAAUAUAAUGGUCAUCUCCCGUGACGAGUCUCUCUAUUUCACGUUUCCCGAUAUGGAAGCGCAGGGAUACAACUUUCUUCUGGCGCAUCCCACAAACGCUUCCGACUAUUUCAUCGAUUCCGCAAAGACCACGUGGCUAUGGAGAAGCUUGUUGGAUGAACCAGAGACGACGACCGAGCCAUAA